GGGCGCGCGGCGGCGGUGGCUGUGCGGGGAGCGGCGGUUGCCGCGGUCUGGGCGGGGCAGCAUGGAGGAGCUGAGCAGCGUGGGAGAGCAGGUCUUCGCCGCCGAGUGCAUCCUGAGCAAGCGGCUCCGCAAGGGCAAGCUGGAGUACCUGGUCAAGUGGCGUGGCUGGUCCUCCAAACACAACAGCUGGGAGCCAGAGGAAAAUAUCCUGGACCCGAGGCUGCUCUUGGCUUUCCAGAAGAAGGAACACGAGAAGGAGGUGCAGAACCGGAAGAGAGGCAAGCGGCCCAGGGGCAGGCCGAGGAAGCACACGGUGAUGUCCCCCUGCAGCCGGCACUCCAAGCUUAAGGAACCCGACGCCCCCUCCAAAUCCAAAUCCAGCAGUUCCUCCUCUUCCUCCACGUCCUCCUCAUCUUCCUCAGAUGAAGAGGAUGACAGCGACUUAGACGCCAAGAGGGGCCCCCGGGGCCGUGAGACUCACCCAGUGCCUCAAAAGAAGGCCCAGAUCCUGGUAGCCAAGCCCGAACUGAAGGAUCCCAUCCGGAAGAAGCGGGGCCGCAAGCCCCUGCCCCCAGAGCAGAAGGCGGCCCGCAGGCCCGUGAGCCUGGCCAAGGUGCUGAAGACGGCCCGGAAGGACCUAGGGGCACCGGCCGGCAAGCUGCCCCCGCCGCUCAGUGCCCCCGUGGCCGGCCUGGCAGCCCUGAAGGCCCAUGCCAAGGAGGCUUGCAGUGGCCCCAGCACCAUGGCCACCCCGGAGAACUUGGCCAGCCUGAUGAAGGGCAUGGCCGGCAGCCCCAGCCGGGGUGGUAUCAGCUGGCAGAGCUCCAUCGUGCACUACAUGAACCGGAUGAGCCAGAGCCAGGCCCAGGCCGCUGGCAGACUGGCUCUCAGGGCCCCAACUGCCAACAAGUGCAGCCUAGGGCUGGACCUAAAGGUGAGGACGCAGAAGGGGGAGCUGGGGAUAAGCCCCCCGGGAAGCAAAGUCCCAAAGGCCCCCAGUGGUGCUCUGGAGCAGAAAGUGGGGGGCACAGGAGGGCCUCCACACGUCCACAGUGGCAACAAGGUCCCUGCCGGGUGCCUGGGCCCCCAGCCUGCACCCACCCAGGAGCUGAGCCUCCAGGUCUUGGACUUACAGAGUGUCAAGAACGGCACACCAGGGCUGGGCAUGGUCGCCCGCCAUGCCACAACCACCAAGGGUAACCCUGCCCCCCACCCAGCCACUGGGAAGGGUGCCGGGGGUGGCCUCACUGCGGUGAGUGGGGCUGGCCUGCCCACCGACGCCAGCAAGAGUGAGAAGCUGGCCUCCAGGGCAGCAGCCCUGCCCACCCCUGCUGGCAAGAGGGACUUUGUCAAGGGCAGCAUGGCCCCAGGGCAGGAGGGCCACCCGACUCCGGGAGAGGCGCGGAAGACAGCUACACUGUCUGAGAUGAGCACCGGCGAAGAGAACAGCAGCUCUGACUCGGACCCUGACUCGGCCUCCCUGCCCAGUGCCGGACAGAACCUGUCAGUGUCCGUCCAAACCAGCCAGGACUGGAAGCCCACCCGCAGCCUCAUUGAGCACGUCUUCGUCACCGACGUCACCGCCAACCUCAUCACAGUCACGGUGAAGGAGUCUCCCACCAGCGUGGGCUUCUUCAACCUGAGACAUUACUGACACCCCCUGGCUGCCCGGGUCUCACCUUCCCCUCUCUGGCCUCUGGCUUUGCUUUGAUACAUGGCCCGCCUCCCAAACCCUCUCCAGGGGCCGGUGGCCUCCUUCAAGGGCAGGCUUGGAUGGGAACUCCCCUGGACCCAGCCCUGCCUGCCACUUUGGCAGGGGAGGCUCCGUGAUGCCUUGCCACCCGGCCUCGCCCUUGUUCCUACCUCUGGGCCUUCGCUUUGCUCUCCAUUUGCCUCAGGAAGUCUAGGUGGCCGCCUGUGGCUCAGCGAAAUGUUUCUCAAGAGCAUCCUGUGUUCCUUGAGCCUGACCAUGUUCGCUGUUUGAACUGCCUCCGUGGCCUGUGAUGACAACGGUGGUCACCUUGCCUCCCAAUUUCCCAGAGCACAGGUGUUAGAGGAGGGGGCUUCUGGCCCAGCUUGGCUGUUUCUGCCCAGCGGCUGGAAGAGAAGGUGUUAGGGCUGGGGGGAGGUAAGGCCUGGGGAGCUGCUCCAGGGAGGACUCUGCUCAGUGUGUGGAAGGGUGGGGGGAGCAGGAAAGGGGCCUUUCUGGUCAGAACUCCCCCCUCAGCAAUGCCUGAGCUGGCAAGGGUGAGGGGACUGUCCACCUCCCUGUCCCUGCCCCCACCCGGGACAGAUGAGGGCUGUGGCCUUAAUAUAAGAGGACAGGUGUGGCAGUUGGGAUCAGGAACCCUGAAGAGGUUGGUGUUGGUGCGAUCUAACCCUGAUUCAGAUUAACAACAGCAGCCCCCAGAUGACUCGAGUCCAGCAUGGGCAGGGAGGGGGCUGAUCCCAGAGCUCUUCCACCUAAACCGAGUGUCGGGGGCCGCUGCUGCCUUCCUUUCUGUCAACCUGUUCAAGGACUGUCUUAGUCCUAAUCAUGGCCCCACAAACUGCCCCAGAUCCACUGGGAGGUGGGCAGUUGCUGGCAGUAGGUCCCCCCUCCCGACAUCCGCUGGCUUCCAGCUGCUGUGCAGGUGCUUCCCACAGUUCCCACCUACCUUCCCCUGACAAUCCCUCCCCACUUCUGGGGGUUCCAUGUUCUCUUACCCAGCUGAGAAGCUGUAUCCCUGUACCAUUUUGGAAAUGGGACAAAAUCUGAGUGACCCACCUGGCCUUCGGAAAGGCCAGAGCUGCCAGCCCGACUGCCUCCCCCCAGAUGGCUGAGUCCGGCAGCUGUCUUGGCAAUUCCAACCAACAACAGAAUUGCCAUUACUGAUUUGGGGCAGAGAGGUACAUCAGUGAGUGGGGUCACUGGUCUUUAUGCCAAAAAAAAAAAAGUGGGAAUGCAGGGAACUUUAUUUCUGCUUCAAUUAUCGGUUAACAUCAGCCAGUAGGUGUGGGAUCUUCUGUUGUCCCCAUAGCCCUGAGUGCAGUGGACACGGUGGGCUCUGGUUUCUGAGGGUGGGCCUGCCAGAACUCCAGUCCCCUCAGUCCCUCACCCUCCACGCCAAAUAGGAAGAGAUGGCUUUUGCAUAGCCAAAUCGAUUUCAACAGUGUGCCUUUGGGGACAGAUCACAUCCAGGACCUCAUUGAGGGGCAUCCAGAUGCAGCUUCCGACUCUUGUACGUGAUAGCCAUGCUGGCUGCAGCAGGAGUGGUGCCCACCCUGGCAAACCUGAGGACUGGGGGUCCUGGACAGCCAGGCUGAAACUGGAAAGUGGGCAGUAAAGGGGGAGAAUGCCCCCUCCACUGCCCCAGCAGGAGAUGGCGAGAUGCCAGUGCACUGCACAGUCUGGAAGGAAGGGGUGCCAGCACCCUGGGCCCCUGGCACCAACCUCCCCUCCUGUCCCCAGAUGUCCCUGGGUGAGACUAAAGGGGCUCUUCUGGGCUGCCUCCCCCUCAAAGGAGCUCAUAACCUCCAAGUUUUGCUGCCUUAGAGGCUGCAGAGCCAGGCCAGUAGCAGCUCUCCCCUGCAAGCCCUCAGGGUGACCCUGAUCUGGGCUGAUCUGACAGCCCCAGCAGCCAGGUCUCCAAACCCUGAUUAGGUGCCUUUCUGUUUACCAGCUACUUCAAUCCCAAAGUUUGAAUCUGCAAACACCUUACUCCCAGCCACUUUGCCUUCUUGCUGUGUUGUGUGUCUUUCUUGGUGUUUGUGACUCCAAGAGGUUCAUGUUUGUGUGUGUUUGUAUGUGUACACACAUGUGCAGGCGUGACAGCCUUCGCUGAAGAGUUGGACAGGUGCUCAGAGUUGGUCGUCAUGUUUACCAAUAAAUAAAAGUAGUACUUUUUUUGCUGCUGUGUGUGUGUGUGUGUGUGUGUGUGUGUGUGUGUGUGUGUGUGUGUGUGUGUGUGUGUGUGUGUGUGUGUGUGUGUGUGUGUGUGUGUGUGUGUGUGUGUGUGUGUGUGUGUGUGUGUGUGUGUGUGUGUGUGGCUAGGCAUUGGUCACACAUCUGACUUGUUUAUCCUGCAGGGUUUCUUAUGCGAACUGCAUCACAGUGUAUGUUGAGUGGGUGUUUCAAUCCUGUUUUUCUGUUUGCUUUUGUAACGGAUAGGAAGGGGCCAGUCUAUCUUCUUCUUUAGAGGAUUUGGCAUAUUUUUAUAUAUAUUUUUUGGUACCAAAAAGAGUGUUCCUUGUUUUUGGUUACACUCAAGAUUCUGACCUGACUAAGAGAGCUCUGAGCCUAGAGGUUUUAUUAGGGGGAAACUAGGGGGGAGAACCAGAGCUUUGGACCAUUGCCAAUCACUGGCUUGAUUUGUGUUUUUUAAUUUAAAAAAAAAAGCCAAAUUAUUCAUGUAUGCCACUUCUAAUUACUUUAAAGUGUGGCUGUUUGUUUGCUUUUUUUAAAAGAGAGAGAACAAAAGUGAAUAUGUUAUUGCCCUGGGAAACUUAAGAUCUUUGUUGAAACAGCACAGCAGCCCAGCCCCCAUAUUCAAUCAGGACCAGUUAAAGGAAAUGCUUCCCCCAGGAAACCCACAAUGGUUCUGGGGGAAAGGGGUGGGAGGAGGGGAGAGGUAGUGCCUAGAGGACCAGAUUUUUGCUCAAGUGCAUCUAAAGAUUCUGUGGAUCUUCUAGUAUUUUUGGAGAACUAACGCUAGCAAUAGGUUGCAGAUCUUUUUAGACUGAUGUUAAUUUAUUUUGCAGGGGAGAGUCAUUAGCAAAGGUGUCAGGAUUUUUGUCUUAACUUUUUGUUAACUCUUAGUAUAUCAAUAAAUUCUUUUCUUAACUUUUCAGCCUGGUGUAUGUCAUGAGUGAUACCUGGAAACAACAGUCUCUUCACUUUCCCUUUCUUGAGGCAAAAUCGUUAUCUGGACUUGAACUGAAUCAUGGGGUGAAAAAAUUAAAGGCUUUGGGAAAGGCUCAGCC